AUGCCUCGAGCCGCAAAGGAAGAGACCGGCGAGUCCUCGACGUCGGCCGCCAAGAAGGCGCUGACCUCUGCCCCCCAUGGACCGCCCACCUUUGAACUGCCCUGGGUCGAGAAGUACAGACCCGUCUUCCUCGACGACAUUGUCGGAAACACCGAGACCAUCGAGCGCCUGAAGAUCAUCGCAAAGGACGGUAACAUGCCCCACGUCAUCAUCUCGGGCAUGCCCGGCAUCGGGAAGACCACCAGCGUGCUGUGCCUGGCCCGCCAGCUGCUGGGCGACUCGUACAAGGAGGCCGUCCUCGAGCUGAACGCCUCGGACGAGCGCGGCAUCGACGUCGUCCGGAACAGGAUCAAGGGCUUUGCCCAGAAGAAGGUCACACUGCCCGCCGGCAGACACAAGGUCGUCAUCCUGGACGAGGCCGACAGCAUGACCAGCGGCGCUCAGCAGGCUCUGCGGAGGACCAUGGAGAUCUACUCCAACACGACCCGCUUCGCCUUUGCCUGCAACCAGAGCAACAAGAUCAUCGAGCCGCUGCAGUCGCGAUGCGCCAUCCUCCGCUACGCCCGCCUGACCGACGCCCAGGUCGUCAAGCGCCUGUUCCAGAUCAUCGAGGCCGAGAAGGUCGAGUACAGCGACGACGGGCUGGCCGCCUUGGUCUUCAGCGCCGAGGGCGACAUGCGCCAGGCCAUCAACAACCUGCAGUCGACGUACGCCGGCUUCGGCUUCGUCAACGGCGACAAUGUCUUCAAGGUCGUCGACUCGCCGCACCCCAUCAAGGUCCAGGCCAUGCUCAAGGCCUGCUACGAGGGCAACGUCGAGAGCGCCCUCGACUCCCUCCGCGAGCUCUGGGAUCUGGGCUACAGCAGCCACGACAUCAUCAGCACCAUGUUCAAGGUCACCAAGACAAUCCCGACCCUGAGCGAACACAGCAAGCUCGAGUUCAUCAAGGAGAUUGGAUUCACCCACAUGAAGAUCCUUGAGGGCGUGCAGACGUUGCUGCAGCUGAGCGGCUGCGUCGCCCGCUUGUGCAAGCUCAAUAUGGAUCCGAAGCGCCUCGAUCCCGGGGUCGCAGUUGUUCACAAGCAGGGAAGGAAUCAUGGGUUGCAUUGGCAUGGCGUUUUACGAGUAUAA